AAUCAUAAUGAGUCUGGGUGAAGAAGAAUACACAGUUGAUCAGCUGUACGACAUGGUUGUCAACCCAGAAAAACUUAAAUCCUACCCUGGCUUCAAACGAGCGCUUGCCAUGGGCAUUUCCAAAGACAUGGCAUUUUACCACGAUCUACCCUACGAAGAGAUUAAAGGAUUUAUAAAUGAGGAGAAAGAUGCUAUUUUUAGUAAGAUACCGGGGGAGGUUGUUGAGAAGAAUGGACUGAAUUGGGAACAUGUUGGAUCUACUUCUAUCAAGGGAAUGCCGGGGACCAUAUACCCAGACUCACUGAUACUCUACAACCAAUACCCGCCCCCAAGGGAGGCGUUUGAUGCCCUCAUGGAGAAUGGCUUCAUGUUCAUUGGAUCAGGACCUUUCCACGCCGCCGAUCUUUGGUUCUUGAAGAAGGUAUCAAGAGAUGGUUCCAGACUGCACGAAGCUAUCUUCAAGAUCCACCUCACCCCAGCUGAUCUGGGCCCCUCUUUGUUGCUGAUUGAAACAAGAGACAGGUGCAAUGCUAACCCUGCUGAUUUUGAGGACUACAAGAACGCCAAGGUAGAAGCAGCAAAGCAUCUGGAAAGUGGAAACAUUAUGGGCUACAAAGGGGCGAAGAUGGCAAGUAAACUUCUUCAGGAACUAACUAAAAAGCACGGCAUUGCUAAACCUUCAGGCCCACCUGGCCCACCAAAAUAACAAUGUUAAUAUUAGAAAAUAAAUAACACAGUUAUUUUAGAAAGAUAAAUAUUUAACGUAGGAAAUGUAGUUAAAUCGUUAGAUCAUUUUAUUUCGUAUAAUUUAUAAUUAACCGAUAAAUCAGGUAAUUUAGUAUUAUUUUCAACUUUUAUCCUUAGUAGUUGGUUAAUUAAUUAUAAGAUUACAAUUAAGUUCCCGCUUUUGUAAAGGACUUCCAGGAACUGUUAGAUUAUAGAAUGUAGAGAGAUUGAUACUUUCCUUGGAACCGGGCUUGGAACUAAUAUUCUUG